AUGGCGGACGAUAUGGCGAGCCGUUACCAGAUGAUGGAGGAGUUGGGGAGUGGAAGUUUUGGUACUGUCUACAAAGCAAUUGACAAGGCCAAUGGAGAAAUUGUCGCGAUCAAACAUAUUGAUCUCGAGUCGAGCGAAGACGAUAUUCAGGAGAUCCAGCAGGAGAUUUCCGUUCUGGCCACCUGCGCCAGCGCCUUUGUUACACAAUACAAGGCCAGCUUUCUGAAAGGUCAUAAGCUAUGGAUUGUCAUGGAAUAUCUAGGCGGGGGAUCCUGCCUUGACCUAUUGAAACCAGGGGUGUUCAACGAAGCGCACGUAUCAAUCGUUUGUCAACAACUCCUACAAGGUCUCGACUACCUUCACAGCGAAGGCAAGAUCCACCGUGAUGUCAAGGCCGCCAACGUUCUCCUGUCGAACACCGGAAAAGUGAAGUUGGCGGAUUUCGGUGUUGCCGCGCAGCUAGUCAACAUCAAGUCGCAGCGCAACACCUUUGUGGGUACUCCGUUCUGGAUGGCGCCAGAAGUGAUCCAGCAGGCUGGAUAUGACUUUAAGGCAGACAUCUGGUCGCUCGGAAUUACUGCAAUCGAGAUGAUCAACGGCGAGCCACCACACGCUAGCACACACCCGAUGAAAGUGCUUUUCCUUAUUCCCAAGAACCCCGCCCCACGACUGGAGGGACCUGAGUACAGCAGCACAUUCAAGGACUUCAUCGCGCAAUGCUUGACAAAGGACCCGGAACGUCGACCUAGUGCGAAAGAGCUGCUGAAACACAAGUUCAUUCGCAACGCGGGCAAGACCGAAGCUCUACAGGAGUUGAUACAACGCAAGCAAGAAUGGGAUGGCUGCCGUGGGAUCAGCAAGGACGUCAAGUACUAUGCAGAGACUCUCAAAUCGAUCUCCAAGCCCUCCGUGGAGGACGAAGACGAAUGGGUCUUUGACACGGUCAAGGCCCCGACUAUGAGAACCCCGAGCAAGAACCCAAGCAUGUGGGUUCCCAACGGCACUGAUUGGACUACUUUGGACGAAGACGACGAGAGUCCCGACCCCUCCCAACUGAUGGAGGAUAUGCAUAUCUCUCAACUACCCAAGCCGCCAAAACACCAGGCCAACUCUACAGUUCGACGUACCUCGGGCUUCGAGCGGUCUCCGUCAAUCAGACGUGCUAAUACAAAGCGACGCUCCAGCGGUGUAAAACAGCCGCUUGGACUGGAUCUGAGCUUUGGAAAUAGUCCUUCCACCGUGCGUCAAUUCCGCCGCGUGUCGGACAGAGUCCCUAGUGAGGCUGUGCCUCCUAGGAGCUCGCACGGGCUUGAUGAGAAUACCAGUCCGAAGGUGAUCACAGGAGACUCAACAAGCAAAGAAGCCCAGCUGGGUCGACGUGCAUACAGCAAAGCUAUUGGCAUGUCGUGCCAAGAGGUUCUCUCGACUACUGGAGAUGGCGAGAAGCGUGAGGCGAUUUCUCGAUUGGCCGAGGCCUGGAGCGACCUGGAAAUGGUUGACCCCGAGGGUCUCUACCACAUUAUCAGAGUCAUGAACGAGAGGCUCCAGGCCGACUCGCGCCUCUCCGCACUCCAACCGGAUUCCCCUUCGCGUCCGCGCCUGGUCCUGGCGCAAAACAAUCCUCAUCUCAAGAGCCACCGUCGCCGACAAUCGACAACUGAACCUCCACCUCAAUCCCCCUUGUCCAACCUGCCCGGCCAACAAGUCUCCGGCAUGGAACAUACGAAACAACUUUCCGAUGUACUCUACCAGCGCUGGGCGGAGGGACUGCGCAACCGAUGGGGAUUCUAA